GCUGGGAAGAGGAAGGGGCCACCUCUGCUCCUUCCAGGCCCUCUGAGCCCCUUGCAAAAGGGCAGGAGGCACCAGCUCUUGCAAAAGAGGGUGGUGAGGAGGAGCAAUCCCUUGCAAAAGGGACAGGUCAGGCACAAUCCAUUGAAAAAGGUGAUGGUGAUGCAUCAACAGCCCUUGGCAAAGGGCAAGAAGAGUCAACCCUUGGAAAAGGGGCUGUGCCAGUCAAGGCAGCACCAUCACCUCCACCUUGCAAAAGGUGGAAGGUGAUGGUGGACUGGCACAACACUCUGAAGGCUGGCCCUGAUGACACCAUCAGGGCCCAGGACUUGGAGGCUCUCCAUCAACUCCUUGAAAAAGGAAUUGGUGUGUACCUCUGUUCUUGGUGUGGGAGAACACAAAGACAGAAGGUACAACAUGAGAUGGAGAGCCUCCUUGGCCCCAUGGUGGCGCAGGAGUUGAUGUGGGUGGGCACCACCACUGCCAGAACUGGGCCCAGGGGCAAGGCUGACCUUGCCACUGGGUUUGGGUGCAGUGCCAUCUUUGAUGAUGGAGAUGACAUCUUGUGGGAGUGCAAUGACUGGGGCAUCAAGUGCUUUGGCAUCACCACACACAAACAACCACAUGAGUGGAUGCCAGAGCACAGGAGGUUCCGAACCUUUGGUGAGGCAGUGCUGAGCUUCAUGGAGGAAUUUAAACCUCAGAAGCUUCAGAAGAUGUCCCUCUCAGAGAAGAUUGCUGCCAUCAAUGAGGAUCACAGUGAUGAAGAAGAGGCAGCUGAGGCCUUGAAAAAGGCUAUGACACCAGCUGAGCAGCAAUCUCUCUGGCAAAAGCACCAAGGGUUCUUGAAAAAGAACCCUGAUGAGAAGAAGGUGCAUGAAAAGAGGGGCAAGCUUGAGAAAGGCCAUGCUGCUGCCCUGUGGCUCUUGAAAAAGAGCGACAGGGGCUCCAGGUUUCUCCACUGCAAGGAGGCAGUGGACACUGACCAAACCUGGAGUAAGCAGGAGAAGUGGGCUAGCAAGAAAGAAUUCUUGCAGCUCAUGGAGGUAGAAGAGUUUGAUGCCCACCUGGCCACUGGUCGCAUCAUCUGGAGGGUAUGUCCACACACCCCUGGUGUGUAUGAGUACCAGGACACUGCCUCAUUCAUGAAAGAAAGCAAAGUCAAGAAGGGCAGAAGCACUUCAAAGGGUGUGGAGUAUGACCCUGAUGAGCAGGAGGAAGAAGCCUUUGCCAGCCUGUGGGGUGCUGAUGGCCACAGUGGUGUGCUUGCCAUUGAGCUGGAAGCCCAUCCCCUUGGAAAAGGGAAAGCCCUUGGAAAAGGGAAAGACAAAGGCAAGGGAAAAGGCAAAGGGAAAGGCAAGGUUCCAGUGCUGGCCAUCAAGGACAAGGACCAAGAGGAGGAUGACCUGCAGGAAGAGGAAGAGGAGGAAGAGGAGCAACCACCAGAGGAGACCUUGGAAAAGGUUAUGAAAAGGGCCAAGAGGGCAAGAGAUGCUUGCUUCAGCCAGCUGGAUGAUUUGGAGGAAGUCUUGGAAAAGGCCAAAUCCAGACUGUCCAAAUCGGCCAGGGAGGACACUGAGAAGAAGCUGCAAGCCUUGAAAAAGGCUCAAUUGCACUUGAAAAAUGUGCUUGCAAAGAAGCCUUCUCUGGAAGUCCUCAAGCCUGCUCUGGUGAAGUGUGCUUCCCUCUGCAAGGAUGCUAAGGAAGAGGCAAAGGAGCUGAAGCAGUUGGCAAACAAGGCCUUCAGCAAGGCAUCCACUGCCAAGUGA